GAAUUAUCAUCCAGGCUACAUACUUACUACAAAGUUUGUGCAAAAUAGGUAAUUAAUUUUUCUCAAUGAUUUUUCUACAAAUCCAUUUAAUCCAAAAUAUUCCUGACGCAUAGUUUUUAACCAGUUCAAGCAUGAGAAGGAACAAGUGCAUACCAAAACGAUAAGUUAUGACUAGUUAUGAGUCACCAACCAUAUUGUGGAUUUGUACGUCCUCAGCCUCAGUCGCAAAUUCAACAGAUUCAAAUAGCUGAGCAGCAGCGUAUUAAUGGAGACGAAGCCCGAAGGCUUUACCUAGAAGAAAUUAAUACUGUUUCUGAAAGAAAUACUGUAAAAAAUUCAAUACAUAAGACUCGCAUUUCUCCAACUAAAACGAAACGAAGGUUGUCUGAAGAAGAAAUAACAAAUCACAAAUUGUUCUCAUUUGCACAGAAUAAUGAUAUAGAAUCACUUCGGGAAGUUUUAAAUUAUAACCCAGACAAAAUAAACAUAUUGGAUGAUUAUGGCUGGAGCUUACUCAUGAUAGCUUGCCAAGCGGGUUCUCGAGAUUGUGUCAAAGAACUUCUUAGUCGUGGAAUUGAUACUGACAUCAGAGACAAAGCAGGAGACUCUGCAAGGAGCUUGGUUAUAAAAAACAACAAUGUUACUCUGGCUACUUUAUUGUUAGAAUACACAAAUAUUAAGAAAAACAAAGAAAAAACUAACACACAAGAAUGUAGACCAAAGGUGAAGUGCAAAGAACAAUAUGAGUGUAGUGUAUGUAAAGAAACAUUUCCAGACAGACGUGAACAUUUAUCAUCAACAGUUCACAAUAUUAAUGCAAGCAAAGGCAAGAAGAUACCGGCAAACUAUGUGAUACCGUCAUCAAACAAAGGCUAUCAAAUACUUCUCAAAGGUGGUUGGGACAGAGAUACAGGGUUAGGUCCUCAUGGUACAGGAAGAAAGUGCCCCAUAAAGGCCAUUCAAAAAUAUGAUAGGAGAGGCCUUGGCCAUGAGGAUGUAAAAACCUCUGAGACAAAUAAGAAAAUAUCAGAUUACAAGCAUUUUAAGAAAAUCCAAGCAAACAAUUAUAGAAGAAGUAAAAAUUUUGAAAUAGAUUUCAGAAGAGAAUUUUAUUAAAACAUAUUUAAGGAACAAUGGAAUUACUAAGGACAAAAUAUAAUAAUAAUUGUAAAUGGCAAGAAUAAUUCUUGUUACUUUAUGCUUAAAAUGAAGAUAUAUUAUUGAAAAAUACCAAUCUGUUUCUGUAAUUAAAGUGUAUUUCAUAUCACUUCUAGGGUUGCCAGUUGAGUCCUUACGAAAUAAAGGUAAGGUAGGAGCUUCUAAAAAAAUUAAAAUCACCUACAACUAGGUACCAGUAACAUCAACUUUCCUCAAAAUACUGGACAUUGUUCUGUCCGGUAUGACCGUUAAUUUUUUACCGGACAGGCCUCGA